CUUGUCGAGGUCAUUUCCCUACCGCCGGACGUAACUAUUCGCAGUGGCAGAUUCGUGGGCGAAAAGGCCCGGGAAAUACGAUCCGGAGAGGGCCCCGGGUAAAUGAAUUCUCCCAGACACACGGGGUUGAAAAGGGAACACGUAUUUAAAUCAAAGUCGUGGGGCUCAGGUGAUGAUAUUUCCCCCGCGCUCACACGGAAGUCCCCUUUCAUCUCCCCUAUUUGUUCAAGAUCAGCUGAUUCGACACAAGCCCUUGGGGCGGGAAGAUGCUCCCGCCUCAAAAGAAGCGCAAAGUUAAGAAAAUCGAGGCGUGAGUAGAAUGCAAGAGGCCGCGUCCUGAAUUAGGGGUAGGGGAGACUCGCAAAAGGAGGAAGCAAAACAGUUUGUCCGUUGCGUCCCCCCCGGAGGGUGGAAAGUGCUGGAGCGAACGAAAGUGGAAGAUGCUGGACUGUUCCCGGGAGCCGAUCUGUUCAGUGCCCACUGCUUUGAAUCAUAGGAGUGAGAUUUUCUUGCUGCAACACAGAAUCAAGCAAGAAGAUAUGGUCAUUUCCUUUUUGGAAAUUCUUGCACCAGUUAACUAGGAGAAAAAAAAUCAAUAAUUUUGUUUUGAGAGUAAUUUAGACAUAUAUACGUUUGGGACAUAGCCUAUAUCCCUUUUAUAACACUAUUUGCAUGUUGAAAUGGUGAAUUUUGAAAUAAUUGAAUGCCUAGGAAUUCUGAAAUUUCCUUAAGUACUUGAGUUUGGAAAUGGUUCUAAUAUAAAUUUAGGACUAUGUCUUUAAUUGUUUACAACUCAGGUUAACUCUCAGAAUGAACCAGCAAUCUUUAUAUGUGAAACCUUUUCGAUUUUAUUGUGGUAUAAGAACUACUGCGGGUUUUUCUUUUUUUAGGAGAAAACUACUGCAGGUUUUUCUUUGAAGCAGAGUUUGUGUUUUUUCAAGCUCAGUGAAUUUGACACACCACUCAUUUUUUAAAGCUUUAAGCUUUCUCAGUAUUUAAUUUUUUCUUAUUUUUAAAAAGAUAAUACUUGCAAUUACAAUAAUUUUAUAUCAAAGCUUGCACUCCCAAUUCAUUUAGGUUUAGUAUUGUUUUAAUGAUACUGCUGCUUUAUCAUGUCAGAAGAAAACUUAUUGGAAGAAGAUAUCUGGGAAUAUAAAUCCAUAAGAAAAUCAAAAUUAGGAAAUUCACUUGUUUUUAACCCUGUUCAAAAGGCAACAGAUGAUAAAUGCAAGUCAAAAAGACAUGAAAGUAAAAACAAAAGGACUGUGAAAGUUAAAGAAAAAUCUAAGGAUGAUGGAUUGUAUUUAGGAGAAAGAGGUUCUCAGACACUUGUAUCUGAACCUAAUCUAAAAAGUGGUGAUGAUAUUCAGCUGUCCCAGGGUAAGGUAACUACAAAAGCAAAACUUGGAAAGACAAAUAACAAAAAACUAACCCCAACAAAGCAGCAUCCAGUUUACAGUGGAUACUGCCCAAGCUGCCAAAUGCCUUUUUCCUUAUUGCUGGGUCAAACCCCUCGGUGGCACGUUUCUGAAUGUUUGGAUGCUCCACAGUCCCCAGAAAGAGAGUGUCCUGAUGGUCUUCUCUGUACUUCUACUAUUCCUUCUCAUUACACACGCUAUGCCCAUUUCCUCCUAGCUCAAAGUAGAGCAGGGAAUGGUCUUUUUAGCUCUCCAACUUCUGUGUCAAGCAGCAAGCUCCUUGAUUCCAGUGAUACUAAAUCAGGCUUCCUCUGUAGCCUUGAGGAAAGAUGGACUCGGUGUCAGAAACAAGCAGGGAAUGCAAAAAAUGUUUCAAAUGAUCCCUUGUUGAUAACACUGAAUCCAAGAAAAUUUCAAUCUCCAAAUGAAACCAAUAAAAAGAUUUCAUUUUCCACAAACAUCUCAAAACCCCAACAGACUAUGCAGAUCACAGAAUUUGUUGAUAAUGACAAACUUGAGAGCUCUGGUUUGCCUCUUGCUGAUGGAGAAUUAGACAGACAGAACAGCUCAGAACAUUCGAACCUUCCACUGCCAGAAGCUGAUCUCAGUGACUGUGAAAUCUCCUAUUCUCCUCUCCAAAGUGAUGAAGAAACUUAUGAUAUAGAGGAGCAGCUAGAAGAUUCGCAAAAGGAACUGUUUAUGGCUGGAAACUCUGAAAAUUACAGCACAGACGACGAGGAUGACAGCUGUAUCUUGUUUAGAAGACUUUGUGGAACCUUACAGGAGGAGUAUAAACCUGACUGCAGGAAAAUGAACAUAAACCAGAAUGAAUGUGAUGAAGAAUUGAAUGUUGCCUGCAGUUUAAGUGAUUUGUCUAAACCUGUUUCCCAAAAUGAGAGGAUCAAGUCUUGUGAGCCAGCAUGUGCCACUAAUCAUUUCAAAUGCUUUCCAACUUCUUUAGCUGGGGAGCUGAAUUCUACUAAUUAUCAAGUCAAGAAAGAGGCCCCUGAUGAGCCAAAAUUGUUCUCAUCCCAAUCAAGUAGAGGGAGUGUAUCUACUGAAGAAUCAGCUGAUUGCAAUUGGGCUUCUCAACAAUUACUUAACGGUGAAAUGUCAAAGUCCUUGGAAAGCAAGGAAGAAAAGACUUUUUCUCCUCAGUCAACUCAAAGUGAAAUUAUAGAAGUAUCAAACAGAUCCUUUUAUGGUAAAAGGAAUAGUUAUAUGAUAAAUUUCCACAGGGAAGCAUUGGAUAAUAAGCCAGGUACUAAGGCUUCAGUUUUAGACAUGGAAGUUUUACCUAAUAAAACUCUUCCCCAUAUGUCUACAGAGAUAUUGCUGCCAGGUACUCCCAACACAAGACCAUCUUCUACUAAAGUAUUAAAACAAAUGGAUAUAGGUGUGUUUUUUGGGUUACCACCAAAAGCAAAGGAAGAGAAAACACCAGAGAAAAGUCCUUUGAAAAGAACAAAAAAUGCAAGUCCUAAUGAAAAGCGGUCAGGACAGAGCAAAAGGAAAAGGGAAGGCUCUCUGGGUGAUUUGGAACUUGAAAUACACAACUUAAAUAGAACUAAAACCUCUGUGGAAUCAUCCUGCGAAGGGUCACAAAGAAGAAAAAGGUUUAGAAAGGCAGCUAUAAUAGAAAAAAAGAGACAAUUGAAAGAAACUGAUGAGCUCAUCAAUAAGAGAGAAGUAGUGACAAAUAAAGUAGCUAGAGGUGGAUCACAGAGGUGGAGAACAAGGUUGCAAGAUUCAUUUUGUACCGGAGGAGGAAUGCGGGAAAAGAAAUGCCCCUUCUAUAAGAAAAUACCAGGAACUAGCUUUACAGUUGAUGCCUUUCAAUAUGGAGAAAUAGAGGGUUGCACAGCCUAUUUUCUCACACAUUUUCAUUCCGACCAUUACGCUGGCUUGUCAAAAAAAUGUACAUUUCCAGUUUAUUGUAGUAAGAUAACAAGCAAUUUGGUAAAGAGUAAGCUUUGUGUGCAAGAACAAUACCUCCAUCCCCUGCCAAUGGACACUGUGUGUAUAAUAAAUGGUAUCAAAGUUGUUUUGCUUGAUGCUAAUCAUUGUCCAGGUGCUGUUAUGAUCCUUUUUUAUCUUCCAAAUGGAACUGUUACAUUGCAUACUGGAGAUUUCAGAGCAGAUCCUUCCAUGGAACGCUAUUCUCUUCUCGCCAACCAGAAAGUCCACACACUUUACUUAGACACAACAUAUUGCAGCCCAGAAUAUACUUUUCCUUCUCAGCAAGAAGUUAUCCAGUUUGCUAUCAACAUUGCCUUUGAGACUGUAACCCUAUCCCCACGUACUCUUGUUGUCUGCGGUACUUAUUCUAUUGGAAAAGAAAAAUUAUUCCUAGCAAUUGCUGAUGUUUUAGGUUCCAAAGUGAGCAUGUCCCAGGAAAAAUUCAAAACACUACAGUGCUUAGAGCUUCAAGAAGUUAAUUCUCUCAUUACUACAGACUGGAGCAGUGCAUUAGUACACCUUCUUCCCAUGAUGCAAGUUAAUUUUAAGGGUUUGCAGAACCAUUUGAACAAGUGUCGUGGGAAAUAUGAUCGCAUUUUGGCUUUCCGACCUACGGGGUGGACACAUUCUGAGAAGUUUGCCUCUGUAACAGAUAUUGUUCCCCAAACCAAAGGAAAUAUUUCAAUAUAUGGAAUCCCUUACAGUGAGCAUAGCAGUUACCUGGAAAUGAAGCGCUUUGUCCAGUGGCUCAAGCCACAGAAAAUCAUAUCUACAGUAAAUGUUGGUUCCUGGAAAUCCAGGAAUACAAUGGAGAAAUAUUUUAAUGAAUGGAAGCAUGAAGCUGGCUAUUGAUUAAAAGACUGAAAAAUGACAUUAA